GUGGUCGUGUUUUGUUAGAGUUAUCAACUGAAUUAUUAGAUGAACCAACAGCUGAUUUGGUUAAACCAUUGGAACAAGAUAAAGUCGCAAGAAUCCAGAAAUCCUUAAGAAGAAGAAAAUACCAGUUGUAUGUUGCAUUUUUAUCAGCAACAAUGAUUGAAGAAAAAUCUGACGGACCAAUUGAAUUUGAAAUCAGUAUCGGUAAUCAUGGGAAUAAGUUGGAUGAAUCGGUCACACCAUGUGCAUCAACGACACCACCAACAAAUCCUGUAUCAGAUGGAUUACAUUACUACUAUUUACCAUGGGCUGAUGAUAAACCAUGCACUAUGGUUGAUUCUCAAUGGGAAGAUAUAUCAUUUCGUUUAGGUGCAGUUAAUUUAUUAUUGAGAAUUGCUGACCAUUUGGAGAGAGGAAUCAGUCAUUUAAUGGUUGCCAUUAAAGCGAAUCUCCCAAUAGAAACUCAAGCACAAUUGGCAAUCUCUUCAUUAGAUGAAUUUAUUAUGGAUUGCAAUCAUCCCUUACCACAAUGGGAACCUGAGAAUAUUCCUCAAAAUGAAAUGGAUAUACAUUUACGUAAAUUACGUGAAGAUCAAUUAAAUACAUUACGUGAGCAAGCAAUAAAUACAAGAGAAACUGUUUCUGAAAUUGAUGAUGCAUUAAAAGAAUUGAAAUCUUAUCGAGAAACUAUUCUUAAUUUGGCAAUCGAACCACAAAUGAGUAUACCAGAUAUUAUAAUAUGGAUGUUAAGCGGUGGUAAGCGUACCGCUUAUCACAGAAUACCAGCUCAUGAAGUGUUAUACCAUGACAAUGAAGAUUACCGGGGAUUAAAAUGUGGUACAGCACAAACAAUCAAUUUAAAAAAACCCACCUUAUUGAAAGAUGAAAACAAGCCAGAAUGGAAAAUUCCGGCUCAGUUACGUGUUGUUGUAUGGUUUGGUUUAGAAAAGGACCGUACUGCAUGGACAGAAUCGCAUACUGAGGCAAAACUCCAAGUUGUUGCAGAAACGUAUGAAAAUCAAGCAUCAAUUGUUGGUAAUUGGGUGACUAAACGACCACCGUUAACACGUCCAUCAUGGUCAGAUAAUACUGGCCGAAUUGAAUUACCCAAGGAUUCUAUUCAAUUACCAACAGGUUGGGAAUGGGUUGGUGAUUGGUAUGUUAGUCCAGAGUUAUCGUUGCUUUAUAAAAAGGAUGCAGGAAAAACAAGUUUUGUUGAAGAAUUAUUCUAUAAUGAAUUUCGUACCCCAACAAGUCCAUGGAAAGUUGCUGAACCUGCAUAUACUGAUGCACAAGGAGAAGUGAAAGGUGAACCAAAAACAGUUGAACUACCAAGUGGCUGGACAUGGGCUGAUGAUUGGAAAAUUGAUUACAAUCGUCCAUGUGAUGAAGACGGUUUUGAGUAUACCGUAGAAGCAUCUACAGGUGGUUAUGUUGCAGCUGAAAAACUUUAUCAUAUGUUUCGUAGGCGACGACUAAUACGGUCACGGAUACUUGGUGAUGUUGGUGUACCUGUUAAACAAGAAGUACUAAGACAAGUGAUAGCACAUGAUCAACAAAGUUUAAGUACGGAACCAGCAGAAGCAUGGGAGUAUGCAUUCAAUUUCGAUUCAAAAUUCCAUACAAAAGAACGUAAAGUUGAUAUGGUUCGACGCAGACGCUGGCAUCGUGCUUUAGCGCCAAAAGAUCUAAGUUCAGAGACUAGUUCAUGUGUUUUACAAAUACGAGGCAGUUCAAAACAAGUGGAAAGUAGCAUGAAGUUGAAAAAAUUUUUACACAUCUCCAAAUGUAAGAAGAAAGAGAAUCUCACUGUUCCAAGGAUGUUCAUGCGCUUCAGAACUUCUCAUAUCUGGCAUUUACGAGCAUAUAUCUUCCAAGCACGCAGUGUUUUAGCAGCUGAUCAAUCUGGCCUAUCUGAUCCGUUUGUGCGAUGUUCAUUUCAAGGGCACAGCCAAGAAACACAAAUUAUCCAACAAACUUUAUGCCCAACAUGGGAUGAAACAUUAAUAUUUGAACAUAUUGAAAUGUGUGGUGAUCCAAAAUCAAUACUUUCAGAUCCACCACCAGUUAUGAUUGAGCUAUUUGAUUAUGAUCAAUUGAGUUCAGAUCAUUUCUUAGGCAGAUUACAGAUCACUCCUGCUGUUCGUCUAGACACAGAAACCACAUGGGCAAAUGUACUUCAAUGGUAUACAAUAGAGAAAAAUCGCAAAAAGGGUGGUGAAAUAUUGGCUGCUUUCGAGUUGAUUCUGCUUGAUGGCAAAUCUCCACCACCACCACCUACACGUCGUGGUACUUUAUUCAAUGUACCCGAAGGUAUACGUCCCGUACUCCAACGUACUGGCAUUGAAAUUCUUUGUUGGGGUGUUCGGGCAAUGCGUAAAUAUAAGCUAGCUAGUGUUAAUUCACCGUCAGUAGAAUUUGAAAUCGGUGGUAAAGUAGUUGAAUCAACAAUCAUAAAAAGUGUGAAAAAAAAUCCAAAUUUUGCAUCGCCACUAUUAUUCUUAGAUGUUUUAUUGCCAAAAGAAGAAAUUUAUUUGCCACCAAUGAAUAUAUGUGUACGUGAUCAUAGAGCAUUUGGACAGAAACCAAUGGUUGGUGUACAUGUUUUAACAGAUUUUCAAGAAUUCAAAGUACCAGCGAGAACAUCACAAACAGAUGUUUUAAUGGAUAUACAAGCCUUAACUGAUAUUGCUUGUACAACACAAGAGCCUUGUCUGGCUGAACCUAAAGUAGAGCUUCAAUCACCAGUUAAAGGCAAAUCGAAACAGAAGAAAAAGUUUAUGGAUCUUAAACAAAUUGAUGAUAAAAUAGAUUGGUGGUCGAAAUUCUAUGCAUCGAUUGGUGAAUGGGAUAAAUGUUUAAAAUAUAAAGAGUUUGGUUAUGAUACAAUUUGUGUUUAUCCUCAUCCAUUGGAAGAAGUGGAAGGAUUUAAUGGAUUUACGGAUUUCUGUAAUACAUUCACGUUAUCAAGAGGUAAAAAUGUUGAUGAAGAUGAAGAUAAUUAUGCCGGUGAAUUUAAAGGGACAUUUCGUAUUUAUCCAUUACCAGAAGAUCCAAAAGAACAAUUACCUAUACGUUAUUUUGAGAAAUUAAGUGUAUCUUCUGAUCCGGAAGAAUGUAUGUUACGUGUUUACAUUAUACGCGCGAUUGAUUUACAACCAUCAGAUUCAUCAGGUUUGGCUGAUCCUUAUGUGGAAAUCAUUGUAGGUCAGCAUAAAGUUAAUUCGAAAGAUAAAUAUCUUCCAAAUACUUUAAAUCCAGAAUUCGGAAAAAUGUUCCAAAUGAAGUGUAUUUUACCCAUUGAAAAAGAACUACAUGUUAUAGUGAAAGAUUAUGAUGCAGUUGGUGCAGAUGAUGUAAUAGGUCAAACAGAAAUUGAUUUAGAAAACAGACGUUUAACAAAAUAUCGAGCUACAUGUGGCCUACCACAAUCUUACUGUGUUUCUGGACCAAAUCAAUGGAGAGAUUCAAAAUUACCAAGUGAAAUAUUACUAGCUGUAUGUGAUAGUUACUCAUUACCAGCGCCACAGUACGGAGAAACAACAGACAUUAAACCAAAUCCAAGUUGCCGUGUUGGUCAACGCGUAUUUGUACUGGAAGAUUUUGAACGUGGUAUGGUACCAAAUCCACAUUUAGGACCACCGAAAGAACGUUUGGCCUUACAUAUUUUAAAUAAACUUCCAUUGGUAAAAGAACAUGUUGAAACGAGGUUGUUGUAUAGUCCAUUACAGCCUAAUAUCGAACAGGGUAAAUUGCAAAUGUGGGUUGAUAUAUUUCCAACAUCCUUAGGUGAACCUGGACCACCAUUCGAUAUUUCACCAAGAGAACCAAAUGAAUAUAUAUUGCGUUUAGUUGUAUGGAAUACAUUUGAUGUUGUAUUAGACGAAAAAUCAAUAACUGGUGAACAGAUGUCUGAUAUUUAUGUUAAAGGGUGGUUAUCUGGUUUAGACGAUCGUCAAAAAACUGAUGUUCAUUAUAGAUCAUUAAACGGUGAAGGGAAUUUCAACUGGCGUUUCGUAUUUCCAUUUUUUUACUUACCAGCUGAAAAUAACAUAGUUGUUAAACGUAAGGAACACUUUUGGUCUAUGGAUGUUACCGAACAACGUGUUCGUCCACAAUUAGUAAUGCAAGUUUGGGAUAAUGAUUUAUUUUCACCGGAUGAUUUUAUUGGGACAUUAGAAUUAAAUUUAUCUAAUAUGCCUAGUCCAUCAAAAACACGUAGUAAAUGUUCACUGAACAUGUUGCAAUCCGUUGGCAAUGAAACGAAAUUGGUUAACCUAUUUGAAUGUCGACGACUGAACGGAUUUUGGCCAUUUGUUAAUGAAGAAAGUGGAACUCCACUUUUAACUGGUAAAAUCGAAAUGGAAAUGGAAUUGGUAACAAAAGCAGAAGCCGAUCUUCGACCAGCUGGUAAAGCACGUGAGGAUCCAAAUGAAAAUCCUCACUUAGAACAGCCAAAACGUCCAGAAACGUCAUUUUUAUGGUUUACAUCACCGUGGAAAACAUUCAAAUUCAUUAUAUGGAAAAAAAUGAAAUGGGUGAUUAUCGCGUUAUUGAUCAUUCUCAUCAUUGGCUUAUUAAUAGUAUUAUUUGUAUAUGCUAUACCGCCACUUUUGGCGAGGAAAAUGGUUGGAGUUUAAAUGAUCGUUACGAGACCCUUGAUUAAUAUUUUUUAAAAUUCACUCUUAAUUGCUAUUUUACUUCAAGCUUAUUAUAUUUAAAAUAAAACUGACAAUAAUUUGUUAAAAUUUCAUGAACAGUCAUUUAUUCUUCCGAAUAAGAAAGAACCUGUUUUAAACGAGAAUUUUGCAACCGGGAAAAUCCACUUUAUUCUCUGUUUGUUUUUAUCCAAAAAUAAAAUAGGUUUUAUGAUCUGAAUGAUAUGCAUAAAGGACACAAUCAAAUUUACUUUAUCAUGUGUGUGUUCUCUUUUGGAAAUUGUGAUAUCUGGUUUUAACCCAGUUAUAUCAACACUUCCACUCAGAGUGGAAUUUUUGAAAACUCUUAUUUAUUUUAAAAAGAGGAAAAAAACCUACAGAAAUCUUCUAGUAAUUUGAUUGAAAGAUCUUAAUGAAGUCACUUUUGUUUUUCUUUUGAUCUUUCAUCAAUUCUUAUCUAACAUGUAAUACAGAGUUUCGAAAAAAAUAUAAUUACAUACCACCAUAGGUGAUGGUAAAGUUCAACUGGGAAUGGUUGAUUUCCCCUCCUAUAAUUAACCCACUUACUCGUAUCUUAUUUAAGUAGUUCAACGAAAUGAUACCAAAAUUGGUUCACGUCUUCCAAUUAAAUUGGCUACUAAGUAGGAAAUAACCCAUCUUCAUUUCUUCUUCGACAAAUAAUAAUAAUAUUUCUUCAGUUUUGGCCUUUUUUUAAGUAUGCAAACGAGAAAAAUAUUCCAAUUUCUUAUUUUUGAAAACAUUAUACACUUUCAUUAUGGUUAAAAUAUAUGUUUCAAUUUAUUUUUAUGCAAUGAUCACGUACUGUUUUUAAAGUCAAUUUAGCUAAAUAAAAAUUCUGGACGCAAAAAAUUAUCAU